CCAUCCCUGAGGUGUCCAGAGGCUGGGCUUGAGCACUGGGCAGGUCUGGGUUAGCUUGAUGUGGGGCCAUUCCCUGGCUCUCUGAAUCCCGAGCUUUCGAGAUUCCAUGGUUGAUAUCUUUUCCGGAGCUCCCCCACUACACCUCCAGAACAUCCAUACUCUUGAGCCACCGCCACAAUGUCUCAAGAUAAACCUUUACCGUUCAUCUACCAGUUUGCCGCAGGUGCGGUCGCUGGUGUCUCUGAAAUCUUGGUCAUGUACCCUUUGGACGUCGUCAAGACCAGAAUACAACUGCAAUCUGGGAAAGCAACUGGAGAAGAUGCAUACAGCGGCAUGGUGGAUUGUUUCAGAAAGAUUGUCAGAAAUGAAGGUGUUUCUCGGCUGUACCGUGGUAUCGAGGCUCCUAUUUUGAUGGAAGCUCCCAAGCGCGCAACCAAAUUCGCUGCCAACGAUGCCUGGGGCAAGUUCUACCGCGAUUCCUUCGGAGUGGCCAAGAUGAACCAAUCUCUCUCAGUACUUACCGGAGCAACUGCUGGAGCAACCGAGGCGCUGGUCGUCGUCCCAUUCGAGCUUGUCAAGAUUCGUCUCCAGGACCGGACCUCGCAAUACAAGGGAAUGAUGGAUGUCGUGGUCAAGACUGUGAAGACCGAGGGACCCCUGGCGUUGUACAACGGGCUCGAAAGUACCAUGUGGAGACACAUUCUGUGGAACGCUGGCUACUUCGGGUGUAUCUUCCAAGUUCGCGAACUCCUACCAAAGACAGAGAACAAGACUACACAAAUGGGCUUCGAUCUGCUCUCUGGUGCAACCGGAGGAACCAUUGGUACGAUCGUUAACACACCCAUGGAUGUGGUCAAAUCCCGUAUUCAAAACAGUCCAAAAGUCGCUGGCUCUAUCCCCAAGUACAACUGGGCCUGGCCAGCAGUUGGCACUGUCUUCAAGGAAGAGGGAUUCGGAGCUCUAUACAAGGGUUUCUUGCCAAAGGUUCUCAGAUUAGGUCCAGGCGGAGGUAUCCUCCUUGUGGUUUUCACAGGAGUCAUGGAUUUCUUCAAGAAGAUGAAGGCCGAGUAGAUGCAUAUGCGGACCUUUCACUUGCAGCCUUUUUUUUCGGAUUUUCCAGAUGAUCCCCUGUAAAUUUUGUGGACAUGGUUAGAGCAUUGGAAAUCAAGACGGCUUACAAGCCUGGGUUAGAGUCUCGUCUUCGUAAAAGAAAUAUAUUCUAUUGCAAGUCCUUUCCAAGUUUCACUACCGCUCAUUAAACUUGAACUUUGCUCUAGUUCAUGUCUUUAUUCAGUUCUUUUUCUUCUGCGUUUCGUCCAUUAUAGGUAAUUUUUCAGUACCGCCCGGAAUGCUCGUCAUUCGACAGCUGAGCAGGUCCGGAGCCGUUUACAUUACAAGCCUCGCUUACCUGUGUUGACAUCUUCUCUAAGUUGCUGUGAUUUUUGUCUUAUACUUGAACACUCUAUUUCGCACUUUAGCUUAAAGACUAUGAUUUCAACAUAAUACACAGUGCUUCUUCGCCUUGAGAAUGGAGGUUGAAGUGUGCUCUUUGCGUAUUGCAACUGUAUUUCACUUUGCCACCGCCUACCAGGAUGGGUGCUACCUUUCACCGUCAGCAUGUGCUUCCUUAUUUCAGCUCAAACAUCAAAUUUGCAAUAGUAUUCCCAAGCAGAGACCACUGUGUCAGAAGAGGCUUCCAGUAUGUUUGUGGCUACUUUCUCAGGCUGGUGUAAUCAUCUGUCAACGGCA